AUGCAUGGAUCCUGUAAUGCCACUGACGAGCAAAAUCAUCCGUGGUGGAGGUUAGAUUUGUAUAUCGUGACCUCCAUAACAAUCACUAACAGAAAAGACUACUGUCCCGAAAGGCUUGAUGGAGCCGAGAUACACAUCGGCAGUUCCUUAAAACUGAAUGUUUUGCCUGCUGUUAUUCAUAUACAGGGCUGGAAAGAUUACAUCCAUUACUCCCUGACUUUUAAGUGGAAUUAAGGAGUCUCAGGUCGUUACGUCAAUGUGGUCAUACCUGGGGUCAAUCGGGUUCUUACCCUUUGUGAGCUUGAAGUGUAUGGUACCCAGCUCCCAACAGGUGAAAAUGUGGCUUUAAGAGGAGUAGCAACACAGAAUGUCCCGUAUGAGCACAACAUUGCAUCUAAUGCUAUUGAUGGAAACAAAGACAGUAAUUACUUUCAUGGAUCGUGUUCCUGUACUAAAGAAUUCCUCAAUCCUUGGUGGAGACUUGACCUCCCACGAAAUCACAAAGUAUUUUCAGUGGCAAUUACAAACAGGGGCGACGCCUUUUCUGGGGCAGAAAUCAGAAUUGGAAACAGUCUGAAUAACAAUGGCAAUGAUAAUUCCAGAUGUGCUGUGAUCACUUCCAUUGAUCCUGGUUUUACCAGCUCCUUUGAUUGUAAUGGGGAGGAAGGACGUUAAGUCAAUGUUGUUAUCCCUGGACGAAGUGAAUUUCUCACACCGUGUGAGGUUGAAGUGUAUGGAUCACCUCUAGACUGA